AUACAAUUAAGCAAAGGAAACUACAGUUCAAUACAAUGAAGUACGCAACGUCACCUACACCAUCACGCAGCAACAGUUCGUUGUUGGGGAUGUCUUCCAGAACUACAUCGCCACUACCACCGCCGGCAAACUAUCGCGAUUGCAUGAGUGCCACCACGAAAAGCUACAAAUACUUACGGCGCUUCGUCAAGUUUGAUCAAAUGGACUUCGAGUAUGCAAUGUGGCAGAUGGUUUACCUAUUCAUAGCACCGAAGAAAGUAUAUCGUAAUUUCAACUAUCGCAAACAAACCAAAUCACAGUUUGCGCGCGAUGAUCCAGCAUUUCUGGUGUUGCUUGUAGGAUGUCUCUGUGUUACAUCAAUUGGCUUUGCGUGGGUGUUAAGCUUAGGAUUCGUGCAAACCAUUCUAUUCACCUUGUACGUCGUGUUUGUCGACUGCAUAUUCUGCGGCAUGAUAGUGGCCACCAUGCUGUGGCUAAUAGCGAAUCGAUACUUUCGCGAUCGGAACAGCGACUUCGAUAUGGAGUGGGGCUACGCGUUCGAUGUGCAUCUGAAUGCAUUUUUCCCACCCCUGAUAUUGCUGCACUUUAUACAGCUGUUUUUCUACCACCCAUUGAUCAGCAGGGAUUGGUUUGUUUCCACCUUUAUUGGAAACACAAUAUGGCUGUUGGCGCUAGGUUAUUACAUCUAUAUUACUUUCCUGGGAUAUAACGUUGUUCCAGCUUUGAAAAAUACGCGAAUAAUUCUCGUAACACUACCGCUGCUGUGUUUGUUCUACGUUAUGACGCUAAUUAUAGGAUGGAACUUGAGUGUUUCAUUGAUGUACUACUAUCACUAUCGGGUGUUAUAAACAAUAAAUCAUACAUUUCCACAUCGUU